AUGUCAACCGGACAAAGACAGCCUCAGCCGCUCCGUAUCGUUUACCGGGUUCCCGGUUCCCCCGGCAAGCCCCCAUCGGCAGACUAUGCUUUGGCCUAUAACACAUCGACAUUCCCCGUGAAAGGGCUUUCCCCUCCAAGCUCUGCCAUCCCGGAGUCCAAAUCCAAUCUCGACAUCAAAUCCUACCACUCCCAACUCUCGGAGCCAUCGCCUUUGAAUCCGCCCAACGGCACCUCCUGCACCAUUAUCGAGGCGCCUCCGGGUAAAGAUGUGCCGAUGCACCGAACAGAGUCCCUCGACUACGGGGUGGUAGUUGAUGGCACGACAGAAUUAGUCCUGGAUUCCGGUGAGAAAAGAAUACUCAAGAAGGGCGAUGUAUUUGUUCAACGAGGCACGGCUCAUUCGUGGCGGAAUUUGACUGAAAAAAGCGACAAUGGUGGUGUUUUGCGUGUCUUCUUCGUGUUUCAGCCUAUUGAAAAGGUGCAACUGGAGGGCGGGAAGACCGUCGAUCAGGACUUGAGUCUGUCCCUGCACGGGGCCUGA